UUCUGAGUAGUGAGUGCUCUGAUCUGUGCUCAUUUUUGCUACACUUCCCCUCCUGGAACAAUUGGGAAGGAUUACUGCCCAUUUGUUCUGCAGUUCUUAAAGGGGAACUGCACUUUUUGGGGAAUUUUGCCCAUCAUUCAAACCCUAUGUGAAACAUGAACACAUAUUUAUUUCACUUUUCUGUGAAUUAUAACAGCUAGCUUACAAUGCUGUCUUUGGGAUACGCCUAUUUUGACUUUGAAGCCCUGUAGAAAAAUGUUGCAUCGUUUGAUAUACAUGCUGUGGGCAUGCAUUAAAGGCGGACCUAUUAUGCAAACGUUUCGGCCUUUUAUAUUUAGUUGUGGACUCCUGUAGAGCAGCUCCACACAAUAACCACUCACAGCCCGCCGCCAGGCACACCCUCUAUGGUUGGUCACACUGCCGGGUGCAUAGAAACACUUCAGAUUUCGCCCACUGCAGAGUGCAUAUAAAGACAUCUGGUUUGUGCCACUAACUUUAUAGGAGUUAAUAGUAAACAGCUUUCUUAUUAAAAUGUCUGCUUUUAACAUACAACCAUAUCUGUUGGAUUCUGAAUCUGAUCCGGAGGUAGAGGAUUCUGAAUCCGAUCCGGAGGUAGAGACUGUACUGUCCGAAGUUUCUUGAGAAAAGAGGUUACUUCAAGACGUCUCUCAAUGGAAACCAGGAUUGAUUGAUGAUCCAGAGUUCGGCACCCACAAGCAUUUGGACACAGAUUCCCUUUUAGAUGUCACCAAUAUCCUGAAGAAUCCCUUUCUUUCUUCACUUAAAAGGGGAAUACACACAGAAAAUCCUUGAGGAAUAAUGGCUCAUGAGUGGGACUCGUAUUUUCAAAACUUUGCCCCGCUGUCAUCAGAUCCAAAGACUUUGAGGACAUCGGAACCAGAGGAAAGUCUUCCACAUCAUAUAGAGAACUUCAUGGGACAGCAUGAGUUCACCAACUCUACAGCUUCACACACUGCUUCUGUAUCACAGUCUCUGUUUGAUACAAACUAUUACUCAAAUUCCAAUAUGGAAAAUUCAAAUUCCGACUGUGUUUACGAAACUUUUUUGAACGAAACCCCAUGGCAAAAAGAGGAACACACAUCAAAGGACCUCGCGUUCAAAGGUAGGGAUCCUGACGUUCAAGGGACAACUACCAAUGGAUUAUCUUCACCUGGACGUUUCCCUUCAUCCUAUUCAACUGAAUUACAAGGACUAAAGCAAAACUGUGAACUCAUAGCCACAUCUCUUCUUGAGGACUAUUCAGAUGUUAGUAGUUGCUCAGACACAGAUGUCAGUAAAACUGGGCUGUCACGUAAAUUUAUUACAACUACCCCUAAUCAACAGCGUAAAACUGAUUCUACUGCAAAACAAAGUCCAUCAGAAUGGCUUUUCCCUCACAGUGGAGAUGGGAAAUCUGCAAAUGAGAGGAAUGCAAUGAGCUCAGAUUCAUCAAAACUGACGGUGGGGGAAAACAUUGGUAAAUACAUCCCAGAGAUAGACGCACAAGAUGUUUGUUGGACUGUAGGACAUGAAGAGCCCUGCUCAGGUUUUUCUACCCAAAUAAGCGUGACACAUAAAGACAAACGGAGAGCUCAAAUUCAAGAACAAAACAAUCCAGAUCAACACCAAAUCGAAGGACACUACUCGGACAUUUCAGUCAGCGACAGUGAAAACUUGACCGGCAUAGAGGAUCACCCAGAUGAUGGAAAAGAGCAGAUGACUCCACCUGCAUACACAAAAACCUUAUCUGCAAACAUGGAAAAGCAUGUCGAAGGACUAGAGAGAGGAACCAAAGAAACACGCCCACUGGAAACCCAAAAGGCUGUUGCUCAGCACAAAAGAAAUACCAUACAUGUUAAACGGACCAGGAGUGACAUCCUUCAACUGAAGGACAAAGAAUCUGAUUCAUUGGUUGAAGAUCCAAGUGCCGUUGAUCAGCGAAAAGAAAAUGUGACACUAAAUGACCAGGCAGUGAUUGGAAAAAAGAAAAAAAAUGUUGCUUCCUGUUUAAAGUUAUCCAAGCAUCAGGCUUCUAAAACGGUAGUUCAGGACAACAAUUGCAGCGAUGUCACCUCAAUGGGUGACGGUCAUUUUUGUAGUAAUUCAGAUCUGUCUCUCAACUCCAAUAACUCCAGCGCAGACAUCUGCCCACAACAACCAUUCUCAAGUACAGACACAAAGCUUUCUGUCAGAAAGGAAACCACUUGUGUCCAAGAGGAGAUGGAAACGGUGUCCUCCAAAGCUAUUACUACUGACUGUUCUAAAUUGGAUAUGUGCGUUGAAGACAAGGAUUUAGACUCCUACUCACAGAAAGAUGACCCAAACAAUGACUAUACCUGCCUUGAUAAGAAUUCAGGAUGCUCAAACGAAAACUCUUCUGGAUGCCGUCAAAGUGAUGAAAACCCAGUGCCCUCAGAACAAGAAAGGCUGGCAGGAUGUGCAUCAUUCGAAGGGAUGGACACAUCCGAGGGAGUUGAGCUGUCAAGAGAAGAUUCAAGUAACAAUUACUCGGCAAAACUUGCGGAAGAAACCUGCAUUGGCAGAACUAACAGCAACAGCAUGAUUGACUCAGAAGAGCAAGGUACUGUAAAAUCAUCUUUACAAAUGAGAAAACGACUGCAGCCUGUUGUGAUUAUGAAGAAAAUCAAGCCCGUCAAUGCAGAGACUAAUUUGUAUCACUGUGCAGUUUGCCAGCAUGAAACCCACAGCGUCGAUCAUUUAAUUGAGCAUCACCAUUGCCAACAUUCAGUGCAGAACUUCCCAUUUUUCAGGACAGCCAAUCGAUACCUGAUGAGUAAUAAAUCAGACAAACAUUUGACAGAGGUAACCAAACAGCUUAAACAUGCGUCUCGCUUGCGGAAAAAGAAAGGCCGUUAUUUUUGCAGCGUUUGCAACUUCUCAUUUUUACUAAGAGGUCCGUAUAUGAAUCACAUGCGGCGUCACACUGGCGGAACACCUUACAAAUGCAAUGCAUGUGGUACAUAUUUUUCACAUAAUACUUGCUUGGUAAGACACAAGAAUGUACCUGGUAGAUGCAAGGGUCCAAAAGCGAUGACUCCAGAUUUAAAGCCCAAUGACCAUAAUGUUAUCAAUUCCGAGAAACCCGAAGCUACAUCACCACCACCACCACCACCACCGACAGUUGUGAUACAGAGUAAACGCCAUGACAAUCUACUUGAAUGUCGGGUGAAGUUGGUUGACAUAUCCAAAGGUCAUGUCUGUGUCCAUUGUAGCAAAAUAUUCUCAACUGCAAAGAAAGUCAAAAGGCAUACUUACAGGGUACACAAAAGAAAGCUAUUAUUAGCUGCGAGACAAGCUAAUAGUACCACAAAACCCACUAAAGAAUCCAAUGUGAAUUCCACAGACACACAAAAUCACAAAUCCAGUGACAAGACCACAAAAAAAUCCCAUUCCAACACCGAAGCAAAAAACUAUCAUUAUAAAUGUCCUCUUUGUCCAAGACUUUUCAUCUAUUCCUACAACAGAACACGACAUUUACGUGAAUGUGUCAGACUGGCUGUUUGUAACAGCAAGGGGAAAGUUGGUGAUCGAUACAGAUGCCCGCUGUGUUAUGCCACCUUUUCUGUGCCAGGCAACAGAUACAGACACAUAAAAGCCACUUGCCUCAGACAGUAUCUCAUUCGUUUAUCCAAUAAGGAAAUGAAAAAGUCAAAGGAAAAUAAGGAAAAAAUACCAAUGGAAAACAAACACGAUGAGCAGGAACCGACAGACUCAAAAGUGACAAUAAAAGCCGACCACACUUACAAAUGCAACCUUUGUCCAGCGGUUUUUCAACACCCAACCGGGCUCUUCAAACAUAUGAAGAGGCAUGAGUCCAAAAUCACUGGCAAAAUGAUCAAGUACAAGACUUCAGUUUUGUCCAAGUCCAAACUAACUCCUUCCAGCAUGCCAGCCACCGCGGAGAGCAAAAGUGACAAUAGCGUCAAACCAGAAGAAGAAAUUGCUGCUCUUUCCUUGAGUUGUAGAUUUUGUGACAAAAACUUUGACACAUCACAAUCACUGAAGAAGCACUUGCUCUCCCACAGAGGUGAAAGACCGUACCGCUGUCUGCAGUGUGCAAGAGGAUUCAAGAAACGUGUCUACCUAUUGGGUCACAAAAUUGUCCAUCGAAUGAUGCAGUGCACACUUUGCAAAAAGAUCCUUCCGAAUGCCGGGCAUUUUGUCCACCAUGCCAAAUUAUAUCACAAAGGAGAAAAGUUCCCAUGUGCAGACUGUGAAAAACAGUUUCACAAUCCCGCAGAACUCCUUAGACAUCAAAAAUUACACAAAACCGCAAAAGACGAGGCUCAUCUUUUGAAAGAAAAACCACUGCAGCCCUUGGAGUUUCAACAAGAACCAGUCAAACCACAGAGUCUCCAGUGUUCCCUGUGCAAAAAAGAAUUUGAUAAUGUCCACGCACUCGGGGAACACUGUCGUACGCACAUAUCUUCAUCUAAAUGUCCUUUUUGCAAUAAAGACUUUAUUGCACGCCGACAUUUGUUAAACCACAUGGACGAACACACAGGAGAAAAACCUUAUUCCUGUACAGGCUGUGGAAAACGUUUCAUUCGAGAAGUGAACCUGAAAAAUCACAAUGAAAACUGUGCGGCAACUCUGAAAGCCACGCCAAACCUGAAAAAUAACAACAAAAAGUCUCCACAAUCUCCCAAACCCUUACCGUAUUAUACCAGGGGAAAACAUCAGUGCUCCAUUUGCUCUCGAUCAUUUUGUAAGAAAAUCCGCCUCUUUGCUCAUUACGAGGCCCACAAGGCAAAUACUCUGUGUUGCUGCACAAAUUGUGGGAUGUACUUCGGAGCGAAUAAAUACGCCGAACAUUGGGCACACUGUGGAGAGAUUCCAGAAACCAACGUUGGCUUAUCUUCUACUGGCAAUGCAUGUCAAAGCGCCCCUAAAAAAAGCCUGAACGCUAAUAAAACUACAUCCCAGUCCAGUGCAUCAAGGAUGUUUCCAUUUAGGUGUCCUUACUGUACACGGAGGUUUCGGUUCAGAUCCGUACUCUUUAAACAUAGCGUGGCACAUACCGGUGUUCAGCCGUAUCCAUGUACGCAUUGCGGAAAAAGAUUUCCAUCAAUGUCAACGCAGUUGCACCAUGAAGAGAGCUGUAGUAGUGCUUUGAAGGAAGAAGAGUCCAAAUCCGAAAGUGUGGCUUCGACAGAUUUGCCAAAAUUUCCCACUCACCAAGACGAAGCGCAGCAAUCCCCGGUAAAACCUGGAGAAGAAUUGAAAUGUAAAUUCUGCACAAAGACAUUUGUUAAACCACGAAGCCUACGACGUCAUAUUUUGACCCACAAUGAGGUGAAUCCCUAUCGGUGUAAAGCCUGUGACAGCUGCUUUUCAAGGUACGAUUAUCUUAAAGUACACCAGGGUCAUUGUAAAGAGAAACGAUUAAGGCUAGCGGUCUGCAUUCCCAAAAUCAGCCUGGAUGAUGUCGGCCAGGGUUGGAAAGACCGGUAUCCCAGUGACCCUGAGGCAAAACUGGACACAUUUGACUGUGAAGUCUGUUCAAAGAACUUCCCGACUCAAUCGAAACUUUCCCGCCAUGUCACAAUGUUCCACACUGCCAAAUUAUUUCGGUGUCCACGUUGUGAUGCGGGGUUUUCUCAUGAAAAAACUCUAAAAAGCCACAGGAAGUUGAAAAGGUGCAAGAAAAUCUCAAAGGAAACCAAUACCCCACCAGAAGAAACUCCAGCAGCAGAAAAUGUCAAAAAUCCACUUCAAGAGGAUAAAGUUCAGCAACUCCAACAGAAGCAAAAAUACCCUUGCAGCUACUGCCCUCGUGCUUUUGCAACCAGGGCAAAGUUGACCAUCCAUACCCGACUGCACACAGGAGAGAAGCCGUUUGCUUGUGACUGUGGCCAGCGAUUCAUCAGACGGGAUUAUUUGCAGCGUCACCUUCGAAAAUGCACCAUGAAACAAGAAAACACCAAAGAACACGCAGAUCUUAAAAAAGACUGCAAUGCGAUGACCUGCUUGUCAGUGUCAACAGUCGGACAGAACCAGGAAACUAUGACCCAAAGCCUGAACGGCUUUUCUUGUGCAUACUGCAGUUCACGGUUUUCUUUGUUUUCACAGCUUCAAGAGCAUUUUUUGAGUUCACACCAGCUGGAAACAAUGGCUCAAACGGUUUCACCCGCUCCUCUUCAACAUCACCUGUCAAAGUUACCGAACAUUGACGACGAGGUACUGGACAAUAAGCCCAGUGAAAGCAUGAAUUUGACAUGCAAACUGGAUACGGCAAUUGUUGGCGAUUUAUCUGAAUCCCUGGUUUGUCCAGUGUGCAAUAUGUCCUUUGAAAAUAAGGCCGGUCUCAAGGGUCAUUCCCGUGUCCAUUCAAAGGAGAGCCUGUUUAAAUGUAAAACGUGCAAGAAAGGCUUUUGGAAUAAAAAUCUACUCCGCAACCACAAUAGGAAAUGCCGACAAGGACAUGGUGAUGCAACAGUUACGGAAACCCCUCUGAAAGCGGACCUUGAUCUUGAAGACUCCAUUCUAGUGUUCAAAGACGAUUCAAAAACAACAGGGACCGGAGUUUUGCAGACAAAUUUCUCCUGCAAAAGUGAGCACCGAAACGAAGACAAAGUUCCGGCGCAAAGCACUGAAAACACUGAGAAGAAGGUGGUCCAGUACCAAUGUUCAGAAUGUGAUUUGAGCUUCACUGACGGCUUGAUGCUCAUCAGUCACCUUGAGGACCAUGGAAGAGAGGAGCAAGCAAAAAAACUCCAUACCUGUGCAAAGUGUGGGCAGUUUUGUUCAAGCCAAUCCGUUCUUGAAAAACACAUGAGGCUGCAUGGUCAGUAUAAGGAAUUUUCUUGUUCUGACUGUCCCAAGUUAUUUUCCACUUCAUCCGAAUUGGAAAUCCACAAAACACUUCAUGACCCAUUAAGACCGUUUCCCUGCAAACUAUGUGGUCAGCGGUUUUGGUCACAGCAGUCUCUUUGCAACCAUUACAAAGAAGAACAUCCAAAAAAUACAUUUUCUUGUCAAUUCUGCCAGAAGGUAUAUUCUAGCAAAAAGGCUCUACAAAGACACUGCAGGAAAUGGCAUCUUAAGGAGCAAAGUGUCCUUCAUAACACGGAGAACAGCGGUCAAGCCAGUCCAACAUGUGGAAGUGACAAAGACGGAAGUAAUAGCAGGGACAGUGACUCUGACUCUCCGUAUUUCCCGUGCCACGUAUGUGGUAAGACAUUCCCAACAUCGGAAAAUCUGGAGGAUCAUCAAAAAUGUCAUCUCGGUGAAAAACCGCAUGAGUGUGCGGAAUGUGGCAAAUGUUUUUUCCAGGCGGCUCAGUUGGAGCAGCAUAAACGAAUGCAUAAGUCGGAAUUGCAGUGUCAGGUUUGCGGAAGAGGUUUCAUGUCCAACUUCGCACUGCGGAAUCAUAAACACAGUCAUGGAAAGAGCCGUCCUCACCGGUGCCCCAAGUGUCAGCUCAGCUUCACUGGACCGUCACAGCUAGCAGAACAUAUGUCCACUCACCGGGAAGAGAACUUUCCAUGUGACAUAUGCAAUCAAGUGUUCCUCUCCAAAAGCAGUCGAGCCGAGCACAGGAAAACGCACGCGCUGUCGAAUAAGGCGCCAUCGCCUUCGCGAACACCACCACAACAACGUAAAAGGCCUUUUCCCUUUGAAAGUACACUGGAACAAGUCAAAAAACUGAAAUACCGCUGCGGGUUAUGUAACGAGCGCUUCAAAGGCCCGGAGGAUCUCUCGGAGCACGGAUGCAAACCAAGCAAGGAGCGACCGUAUUCGUGUUUAGAUUGCGACAAACAUUUUCUUCAUCCAUCUCACCUGAAACAGCACCGAGUCGUCAUCCAUCAAGUGGCGUCAGAGACUGAUUGCGAAUAUUUAUGUAAUCAUUGCAAUACCCCUUGCGCCUCUCUUGAGCACUUCCUUAGUCAUCUGAAAAACCAUGAAAAUGAACAUACAGUAACGGACAACCUGCCCGUUACGCUGAAGUGCAAAAUGUGCAAAAUGACCUUUUCCUCAAAAAGUAAUCUUGAUGAACACGAGCGACAUCAUUGUGUGUCCGCUACAAAUUUUGAAUGCAAGGAGUGCGGUCGGAGAUUUUUGGAACGUGAUGCUUUGCAACAGCACCUCUGUUCCCAUCAACUGCAAGAACCUCAGGAGAACGCGCAUGACUCGACCUCAGAAACCACCCAUCGGGUAACCGUACCAGAGGAGGACGUUGAUGUCACCGGUGAAGAAUUAUACCACUGCCGCGAUUGCUCAAUGCAGUUCUCUUCAAAAAGCAUUCUCUUGGAGCAUCAGAACACUAAACACAACAAAGAGUGGCAAAUUAAGAGAGCGUUCAAAUGCACGUAUUGUGAAAAGACCUUCGCUUGGAGGCAUUCCCUUAGAAAUCACGUACGGAAGAUCCACAUGACGACUCCGCCCCAAAACACGGCAUCGCCAGCAAAAAACAAGCUGAAAUGUACCCAGUGUAAUUAUGAGUCGAAGACACCACAAGAACUGUCGUUGCACAUGAGAAUGCACGCUGAAACCGAAGUCGGGAAGUACCGCUGCGAUAUGUGCUACAAGUCGUUUGCGUCAACUGGUCAGCUUGAACUGCAUCAGGAAAGUCAUGUCGGGCAGAUUGUGUAUGAAUGCACAGAAUGCGACAAAGCAUUUGCUUUUCCUCACUUGCUGGAGGAACAUCAACUGACGCACAAAACAAUAGCAAGUACAUGAUAGACACUAUUAUUUGUCAAAACUGAACCACAUGUACAAAGACCUCUACAUGAGUUAGAUCCAAUUCGGGUCGAUCCCUGUUAAUUUUGUAAAUAUGAAUAUUGGCCUUUGUACCAAAUACACAGGCGACAAAUGUUCUUCAUAUUUGUCCAUAGGCACCACUUUUUAUACAACAUUUAUGAAAUGUAAAAUUGUAUAGAAUCUGUCUUUAUUUUCCAGACCUUAGAAGUCGUCUGUUCUGUUUUUUCGGAUGGUUUUUCCUGUUUAUUUUUGUUCAAAUCUUGUGAGUUGACAAAUUUGAAACAAUGUUAGAACUGAAUACCGUUCAUUUUUUGAAUACAUUUCAUUGAAUACACUGGAACAGCUAAUCAUGGUUUUUGGUUUUACCGUUUUGGAAGGGGGAAAAAAAUAAAUGUGGGUUUGUCAUGAAAAGUAGUGUUUUCUUUGACUAAAUAUUAAAAUUCACUUUGUCGUUAAGUUGGAGUAUGUGAUGCCCAGCCAAGUCACACACGUAUUGUGUUAUGCAUGUUAAAUUUUCGCACAACUUCAACUUCAUGGCAAAAAAUCAGAAUGAUCCCUUUCAGGUACAUUGAAGUCUAAUUGGAAGUCUGGCUGACCUAACAUGGGAUUGACAACAAAUUUGAGUUUAGUACUUUAUCCUCAAGUAUAACAUGACUUAAUACUUGAUGUAGACAUAUUUUGGCAACAGUCAAAUAUUAGUCGUAGUUGGUUACCAGAGUUCCAGGAGGGAUAUUGGUCAACUCCUUCGCAGAUACUUUCCAAAUCCUGCCGCUUGGCAACUUCAACUUUCUGUCCCUCAGUUCUCAGUUGGAUUAAGUUCUGGACACUGCCUACGAAUCUCCAGGAUCUUAAUGCAUAUGUUGAGGGUGACUGUCCUUGAAGACCCACCUAUGAACCAUCUUCAGUGAUCUAGCUGAGACCUUAAUUCUCAUCCAAAACUGUACGGUACAUGGCCCAAUUCACUUGCCCCUCAAGUCUUCCUGUACCUUAAGCCGAGGAAAAGCCCCGGAAUAUGUUUGUUGGACAAUAGGGACGCUGUUGUUGGGGUAUAUUCAACAUCCAUCCAUUUUCCUCCGCUUGUCCGGGUCGCGGGGGCAGCAGUCUUAGUAGGGAAGCCCAGACUUCCCGGUCCCCGGCCACCUCCUCCAGCUCCACUGGGAGGACACCAAGGCGUUCCCAGGCCAGCUGUGAGACAUAGUCCCUCCAGCGUGUCCUAGGUCUGCCUCAGGGCCUUUUCCCGGCUGGGCAUGCCCGGAACACCUCACCAGGGAGGCGUCUGGGAGGCAUCCGGACUAGAUAUAUUGAUAUUCAACAUAUCUGCCUCCAAACACAGCCAGUUGAACUGAUGCCAGAGCUCAUUUAUCUGACCACAUCACAUUUAACCAAAGUCUGAGAUGCAGGAUCUCAGUCCCAUUACAGCCAAGUAUGUUACUAAUGGCUUUCUUGGUGACUGUGGUCCCAACUCCCAAUUGAGAUCAUUAACCAGCUCCUCUCUUGUAAUUCUGGGCUGGGCGCUCACCUUUCUCUGAAUCAUUCUUACUCCCCGAGGUGAAAUCUUGCAAGAGGCUCCAGAGCAAAGGCCACUGACUGUUCUUCUCAAGCUUAUU